AUGGCUCCAUCAGCAGACACUUCAUUCUCGGCUCACGUAGCCAGCCAGUUUCAGUCCUACGAGGAAGAUCGACAGUCAGCCUCCAAGGAAUCAACUUAUGCUACCAGCAACGGCGUCCCUGUGGCUCACGCCUACGAGGCCCAACGAUGCGGCGAGAAUGGGCCUCUUCUUCUCCAAGACUUUCACCUAAUUGAUCUCCUUUCUCAUUUCGAUCGAGAGCGUAUCCCUGAGCGAGUUGUUCACGCCAAGGGCAGUGGUGCUCAUGGAUUCUUUGAGUGUACCGACCCUCUCGAUGAUCUGUGUCUUGCCGACAUCUUUUCCGCCAAGGGAAAGAAAUGUCCUGUUUCCAUGAGAUUUUCGACAGUCGGAGGAGAGUCUGGAUCGCAUGAUAUGGCCAGAGACCCUCGUGGAUUCUCUGUCAAGAUGCGAACUGAGGAGGGUUAUCUAACAGUUACAGGUACUCAUCUAACUCAUGCUGAUGAUUCAUUCGCUUUCUGGGACUACCUUUCUCAGAACCCCGAGUCAAUUCAUCAAGUAAUGAUCUUGAUGGGCGAUCGUGGUAUUCCCAAGGGAUACAGAAAGAUGCACGGUUACUCUGGACACACUUUCAAGCUCGUGAACAAAGCCGGCGACUGGGUGUACACCCAAAUACACCUCAAGUCCAUGCAAGGAACCGACUUUGUUACUCAGGAGGACUCGGCCGAUUACUCACCCGACUUCUCCCAGAAGGAUCUCUACGAGGCUAUCCAGAACGGAGACUACCCCAAGUGGACUCUCGAAGUGCAGACUAUGACUCCCAAGGAAGCUGAGGAGUUAUGGGAGAAGGAGAAGAUCAAUGUCUUUGAUCUCACCCACGUCUGGCCUCAGAAGCAGUUCCCUCGUCGCAAGGUUGGAGAGUUUACUCUCAAUGAGAACGCUAUCAACUACUUUGCCGAGGUUGAGCAGAUUGCUUUCAACCCAGCUCACUUACCUCCUGGUAUUGAGCCUUCAGCAGACCCUGUUCUUCAGUCACGCUUGUUCUCUUACCCUGAUACACACCGUCACCGCAUUGGAGUCAACUACCAACAACUCCCCGUCAAUGCCACACGUACAGGAUACAAGUUUGGCAACUUCCAGCGCGACGGCCAGAUGGCCUUCUACAACCAGGGUGCCCGACCUAACUACCUCUCGUCCAUUGAUCCUAUCAAGUUCCGUACCCGAACCGUGGAUCUCGACAAGACACACGGUCACUUCACAGGCGAAGCCAUCACAUUCCUCACAGCAAUCCGCCCCGAGGACUUUAAUGCUCCUCGCGCCUUGUGGAGGAACGUAUUUGACGAGCCAGCUCGCGAGCGUUUCAUCAACAAUGUUACUGGCAAGAUGAAGCUCUGCAAGCAGGAGGAGCCUCUGAAGCGACAGAUUGCCAUCUUCCGCGAGGUAGACCCUGAGAUUGCCGAUAGACUCGAAAAGUCAACAGGCAUCAAGGGAUACGAUGGAAUUGCUGAUAUGAAGUUUAAUGGAAGCCACAAUUGUAUGAAUGGCGAAAUGAAGCUUGCAAAUGACAUUAUCGCGAACAAGGGGAAGAGUGCUACUGCAAGGAACGGUGCCCCGGCAAAGGGAUGCCACUCAAGACUGGAGACGAAUGGACACUUGAACGGAACAAAUGGUAAAUAG